AUGAUGCAACACGCAAGAUGGACAAAUAGUUCAAAGGGUCAAGAUAAUGGUGCCGCCAACUCAGAUCUCCCGAAAAUCGCGGAUCAGGCCUUAUAUCGACGAUUUCACUCAUCUCUGCCUUCUACAGGCAAAAUGAGCGUUAACCAAGCCAGUCUAGUAGUGGGAAACAUGAAAAAUGUAGGAACAACACUAGUGGUCGGCCUGGCGAGACAUACAAGCAUUCCCCGCAGUGACCUGCCAAAGAAUCUAGACCACAACAAUAGACAAUCUACCAGAAACCGCCGGCUUACGCACAGUAGGGGUGACAAUGGUUUGGUUGAACAAUCACAGGGACGGAACAGGUCGCAAUCUCUAGAUGCUGCUCAUUUAACGGUGUGGUUUCACGAGUUAGGCUCGUAUUCCGAAGAUAUCGUAAUAGAUUCCGCUGCUUUUGCUGGUCUCAGAGUGGGAAACGUCUACGAACUUCAGCCGGUACGAAAGAACGGCGACGUUCCAAAGCUUAUAUUCAUGAUUGGCCCAAAGAAUCUACUCGACAAAGGUGUUAACUCUUCACCGGCGGUAACUGCAGCAUCUAAUACUGGCGCAAAGCCGAAAACCGCUUUCCAGAUAUCAUUAAUAUCAAGCUUUCAAAAGCUAUUAGACAUUCCCCCUAGAUCUGCCGUCCAAGUGAAGCAAGUCGUGGACAUAUCUACAGUCGAACUUGAUACCAUUGAGAUCAAUCUCAAAGAUGUUAAUUUUGGGCGUGAUUCCCAAUGGAGUUUAGCCUCCUCAAUGGUCAACACAUGCUGCUACGUUGACCAAAGAGUAACGUUUUUGGGCAAUAGAAUUGGAUUCGUGAAAUGCUUGUUCAAAAAUGGUAAGCAGAUUUCGAGUGGGUAUAUUGGUGCAAAUACUAGCGUGGUCUUCCGCUCAGAAAGCGCUAAGUUGGUUUUUUUGGUUCAGUUAUCCCGUGAGAUGUGGCAUUUCGAAGAGAAUGGCGAGAUAUUGUUCCAUCGACUUGUCAAUACCCUAUUUCCAAUGAUUUUUAAAAAGUGGCGUUCUAACAAUUCUCACCAUUCAAUCACCAUUGUUUUAUUUACUAGUGUCGAUUAUACAAGGGCCCCUUGGGAGUCACUAGGGGGUGGAGAACGACCAUCCCAGUGUCAAGAUUAUUAUAGAGUUGUUGUCGAUCAAGUCAGUGUAUUCAAUUGGGAUAAUAUCAUGGCAAAUUUACGACUUGAGUUUGCGAAUUUCAAGCGUGACAUACUAUUGCAAGUCUCUGGAGCCAAAGCAGAAAUAAAAGGUGAACCUUGCCCGUCUGUGAAAGGCAACUUACUCGAGGCAAUUAAUCUCAGUCUCACCCUAGUUUGUGACAGAUUUCGAAACACUGAUCUCCGGCAUUCAAUCAAUCACCUUGUGGUAGUAUCACCGGGAUCAGGUCUUUUCGAUGUCGACUUCGAUAUGAUGGUUGAGACUUCCAAGAAAAUGUUUAGUCUUGAUUGUGCUCUAGACAUCAUUUGUCUCAGUCAACCACCUCUUCACACAGUUCCGUUGUUUCGCUAUAGAGACAACCAUGGUGAGGUACGCCACUGUGUUCCGAAAUGGUGUGAUAUGUCUUUCUACGCCGCUGCUACUGGUAGAUUUUCUCAAUGGAUCCCGCGUUGCAAAAUCUAUGAACUACAGAUGAUGGGUUUAAUGGGGAACGAGUCAAACAAAUUCCAUCUCGAAAGGCUACAUUUUGAACUGAAGAAUUCAAUUGUGGAGGCAAUGGACGAAUAUGAUGAGAACAUGUACCAGCCGGUGAACAGAAAACCUCUUGUUUCAUUCUCAGCUAGUAAAAAUCUCACGAAAGCUGCGAAGGACAGAAAUCCUAAUGUUGCCACACUACUGCUCAUGGGUGCCCGAGAUGCUCCUGGUUUACCUAAGCCUCCAACUGCUCCCAAACUGAAUGCUUUCAUGACUACUUCGUCUGCUCAGGGUCAUGUCACCAAUGUUUCGAACACCAGUUCUGCAUUGUCUAGGCUAUACAAUCUCAAUAAGACCGAAGAGGGAAAAAACAAAUUUCCUGUUCGUUCUAGGAUUGUCCUGGCUCCAGCGGGUCCUCGUAGUGUUCAAAGUCAAAAAAGCUUUAGUGACGCCUCGGUAAUCAGUGCCAGAUCGCCGCACAUGUCAUCGGAAGCAUUCAUCAAGAAAAAGUCUGCAAUUGCAAAGCAAUCAAGUUUGGGUACGAAUCGUGGCUCGGCAUCGAAACCCGAAAGAAAUGAUUCUGUUGUAGAGGCAGAGAAGGUUGAGAGGGAGGACAACAAUCCUUACUUUAAAUCUAUUAUGAAUCCUUCCAAGGCACAAAGCUCCGAGAUCGAAAAGUGUAGUAGAUGGUCCGGAGUAUUUCCUCGCAAAAUCAAGCGCAAACUAUUUAAAUGGAGAUCUUUGAAAGCUCCCGCCGCCCUACCCAUAGCCACAACAUUGUUCCCUACAAGUUCUGAACUUGAAACUGAAUAUUCCCUUCACAACUAUGUUCUUUCACUCAGCUACGAGAAUCGCCUUGAAUUAAAGAAAACACGAGAACUCAUGAGGGAAAUGAUCCGUCUCCGGCUUGCGAUGGGGUUCCAGAUUUGUUAUGGUGAUAGGGUGAAAAAAAUAGAAUCAGAGCGAAAGACUGGUGGAUAUUCAGAAAACAUCAUCAAGUACUAUCCAAAAGCAGAUUGCGUUGGUGCGAUUAUGUAUCUAUCCCUCAAUGAUGAGAUACAUAGAAUUUUUUAUGACUACAGCGGAACCAUCAAUGUCCAACUGUAUCACAAGAUAGAGGACAAACAACCAAACCGAAUCCUUCUUGGAUCCCGAAAAGGAACAAAAGAGGCGCCUCUAAUUCGGACCAGAUAUGCAAAUGAGUAUAUGAUUUCGAAAGUGAACUGGAGACACACAAAACCACUGGCAUUCAAUUGGAAUCAAUUUGAUCAGCUUCUCGCUGGUUAUGAGGAUGCUUUGACGGAGAUCAAGAGCGAUUUUCACAAAAUGAAGUUCGUCAUUAUGCCUGCUGAAACACCUAGUAACACCAUUCAGAGUUCGGGCGAAAGGUUGACGGACGAAGAAAUCAGACUAGAGGGACUCCAAAAGCUCAUCAAUUUGAUUGAAAAAGGCAGAUUCGUCGAUACAGAGGUACCGAACGCAAAAUUAAAAGAAGAUUUCCUGCCAGAAAUUCAUUUUUACACUGGUAAUUUGUACGAUUUUUUGCAAGGAGAGGCUGAAAAUUUUGAUAUUAGCGGAACUAGACCAACAAACUCUCUUAUGAUGACUGAUGGACUGCGUUUCAACACAAACAUCAAGUUGCCACUAUUGGCCCAACAACUUCAGGGAGAAGGAGGCCUCAAGUUGGUAGACCGAACUUGGCAUUUCAAAUUCCAUCCCCAUUGCUUUCUUGGAAGCGAGCUUGUGUCUUGGCUUAUAAAAUAUUUCGAAGAUAUUAAUACAAGAGAGGAGGCGGUGGAAUAUGGCCAAUCGUUGAAGGACAGGAACUUAUUCGACCAUGUUGAGAGACGACAUGGUUUCCUAGAUGGUCAUUACUUUUAUGAGUUCACAGCCGAAUAUGCAGAUAAAAAUUAUGUCGUCAAGCAAAACUCCACAGGUUGGUUCAAGAAGAUCACCUCCCAUGAAAAAGAGUCGCUCAAAGACAAAGAUACUACUCAGGAGACCGAGGUUGAGCCACUGCUCGAGUCAAAUUUCAAUUCACCCUUAUCAAUUCCUCAAUCUCAAACACCCACUCUUUCCAAAACCGAGUCUGAGCUUUUCAACGAUGUUGACAAGAUGCCCGAGCUAAAAACUGUCUUGUCUCAUAUUCAACGUGAAAGCGAAUCGUCUUCUUUGACAGACUCUCAGAAGCUAAAGAGACCAAAGAAGUUUUUGAUUAGUAAGAAAGUCAAGUACAAUUGUGAUCCUCUCCACAAAUCGUUUAGACCUGAAUUGAUGGAUGUACAUUAUGACACUGUUCACAACCCAGAACAUUGUUUCCAUAUUCGUCUUCAAUGGCUCAACACUACGACUAAAUUCAUUGACGAAGUGAUCAUUGCUUGGGGCAGGCUAUGUGAAAGAUACGGGCUUAAGUUGGUCGAAACUCCAUGGCGUGAACUUUGCACUAUUCCUGAGCUAAACCCUUUCCAUUCUUUUGUUGAUUUGAAAUUGGCUUUGAACCCCCUCACAGAUGAGGAGUUUAAAUCAAACCCCGUCCUUCAAUCGAACAAAUUUUACUUCCACUUACACCUACUCAAUGCAGUUGGUUUCCUUCUCGAUAACAGAGGUACCAGUUUUUUUUCGAAAGAGAAUAUUGAAAUUUGCUAUAGUUGGGGCAAAUCAACUUUCAAAUUCGCUCAAUUUAUUCAUAAGACAGGCGCUUAUAUCGUUGAAUUGAGAGAUAACGGCGAUUUCUUCAUGGCCCCCAACAAUGUCCACAUUUUGCGUGUCAACACCCUUAUAAGCUCUCUUCCCGAGAAGGGUGCAAAGCUUAACAUUUUUGACUCACAAAAAGUCAUGUUGGAUUUCCGAGAGAGAUGCAAAGACGAAAUAUUCCUAAGAGAACUCUUUCGAGAGGCAGCUUCGUUUGCAAAAGAGAACUACGAUCGAGAAUUUGAGGUAAACUUUUGA